AUGAAUGGAGCUCAAAAUGCGCCGAAGCCGAGCACCAGGCGCUCCAUCGGAUCGCGUUUGAGGCUGUCACGAUCGGUCAACGCCAUGAGCGCACACUAUCAGAGCGCAUCCAGCUUGGCUGCUUCUGGCUCGCUGGCCUUGAAUAACAGUCGACCACCUUUGCCAUCAAAACGAGUGCCGAACGUCCCGUUCCGCGAAGUUCUGCCGCAUUCGAUUGCACGACACACGGACUCUGCUUCGACGAGUGGUAGCGAAUACAGUCUGUCAGCGAUUCAGAUACCCCCGGCUUGCGAGUCUCUGCCUGCGACGAGUAACACUCGCGGCAGAAUGGUAUCACGCGAUGGUUCUCCAUGGGUAGGGUCCCCCCACCCCUACGCUCUGCCGACCCUGACACCCGAAGAGGCUUUCAAGGCCCAGGACCUGCUGGCUGGCCUUGCUGGGGUUGGCGCUCAUAACGCGCGUGCCGACUCGGGAGACGGAACUACGCACGCACGCCUGAGCUCCUUUCGUACGGUCAAUGUUGACAGCUCGUCAGAGUCGCACUCUUUUUCGGGUACUAGCAACACGUUCUCAGACGCGUCGAAUCCACCAAGUCCGCUUCUCUUCGUGGACAUGGCCAGUGGCCAUCGGCCUCGUUCUCGGCAAGCAAGCAAUAAUCCUCUGAUCGCUGGGUCUAGGGAUGCGCACGCGAAGCCAGCUGAAUGCCAGGACUACGACGUGCGUGCAUCCGUUUUGCUCGAGGAGCACCUGGCCCUGCUCCAGCUUCAACAACAGGCUUCACAUUCAAAAGCCCCUUCAAGACCUCCGACACGAGCUUCUAGGGAGAGAGAACGCACCUUCCGACCACUUACGCCGCAGACUGAUACCGUGGCCAUGGAGCUAGGCGAGGAAACACCAAAGCUGGCACGCCGAAGGUCCAGAUCUGUCAACAAGAUAAUGGUGCAGGACGCCCGACGCGGCAGUCGACUCUUGCACGAGCUACACCAGACAGAUAGCAGCUGUUCGGAGCAUGAACACGCAGCUACAGAGAGUCAUAAGCUGCUUGCGCCGGCGACCAGACCCAGAGCACGACGGAAUUCGGGAUCAGCACUGCUUCCAGAUGGUGACCCGCCGGCCGCGCUCAGCUGCGUGCGCUCUAAGGAAGCCGUCCGAGGUCUCAGAAGGAGAUCGCAUUCUGCCAAUCCUGCCACGAUCGUCCUAGAAGCGAGCCGCAAGGGUCAAAAGAAGGAUGAGACCAUGCCGACUUUCAAACGGGAUGCAAACCUAUCGCUCAUCGGCCCCUCUUUGACGCCUGCUGCGCGGACCCGAGCCAACUCUUACUGUCCACCUACAGCAUAUGCGGUACAUGCUUCUCCUCGUACGCCAGCUGCAACACGCGAGGACAGCAGUGCUCGUCAGUCGCUUGGCCUAGCUCCACUUUCCGAGCUCCCAAGUCUGCGCAGUGAUUCGCCCUCUUUUAGUCAGGUGAAAGCAGAUACUGGGACAGAAGCGACUGCAUCUCGAGCAACUACUCGCAAUGAUGGAGCAGCUAUGCCCUCCCGUCCACCACGCUCUGCGCGGCGCGCAUCUGCUUUGCCGGCUGCACAUUUGGUCAACAACGCACUUCUGGACGGACUGCAGGUCUUCGAGACGCAGCAAGACGACGACGCGCAAGGAAGCCAUCCUGUUUCCGCCCUACCUCAGCAGCGAGAGAACUCGGCUACUUUGACGGCACGCUUUGCGGAUCGUUUGCAAGCCACGCCAUCCAGAGCCGCUACGGACAAUGAACAAAAUCAACUAGUAAGGGAUCGCCCAGCACCGGAUGCCAUGGUUGGGCCAGAAUCAAAGCGUGCCUCUGAGCUACCAACAGCCGAAGCGCAGCCUCCAGAAACGAGCAGCAACUUCCGAGCCAGCGCAUACUCGAUCAUUGCAGUCGAGGUUGAAAGCGAUGAAGAAACGCCCCUGCCACUUUCUGAAGUCAGCAAAGCCUUGGACGAGCUCGACGGCCAGUGUGCUCAACUCGGCGUCAUCGAUUCUGAAGCCGACGGCGUUUCGUGGGAGAUGGUCACGAGUAACAUUGCAGAGGCUUCUCCACAAGUCGGCGAGCCAGUCUUUGAAGCCUGCGAAGAGGAAUUCCUGGAGCGUUGCCAAGAACGGAUGUCUGCUGUUGAGGAAUGGCGGGCUUCUGCCCAGAAUUUCGGCCUUGAUGGCGAGCCGUGGUCGACCCCGCCGCAGGGCGAGAUCCCAAGUGUUGAAGACCCUGGCGAGAGUAUCAGCACUCGUUCGGCGAAUCUAUCGCCCAGCUCGAAUGCGUUGUAUGAACAGGACCAAGACGAGAUCAUCGAAUGCACCCUCGCCGAGAUGCAAGAAGCUGUCUCUGACCACCAGGCCAAACAGCAUCAUCAAAGCUGGCGUCCCGGCGUGCACGGAGAGAUCGCAGCAAGCGUGACCGCCGUACAGCGAGCUGAACUAGUCUCCACGGUGCCCAGCGAAGCGGUCAUCACCUCCGUCGCACCUCUUGCGGCCGUUUCCGAUACAAUCUUGGACAGGCAAGAGACAUCUGCAGACGAAUUAACGCCCCUUCCUGGAGCUUUCCCGAUCAGCGGAUUGCAGGAAGCCAAAAGCGAGGUAGGUAAUUCCAAAGCGUUUCUCGCUGGACUUGGACUCCUCUUUGCAGAUGUGCCAGAAGCACUCACGGGUGCAGCUUUACUGGCGCCCGAGACGAUUGAAGAAAUCGACGCGAACAGUCAAGGCAGCGUCAGCAACAGCUCGGACGAAUUUGAGAGUGCAGACGAAGGCGAAGAGCACGACUGGCGCACCCGAAGACAUUCUCGCCAAUCCAAGACAGUGUCGUGGCUGGAAGCUGCCAGUUCGUUCGAGCGGAAACAUGGUUGUGCUAGAGGGGCCAAUGGCUGGCGCACAUCCGUCCGCUUCAGUGCCGAUGCCCGACGCUCGGUCUUGCGGGGAGACUCAACAAGCAAGAGGAUGUCUCGCGCUCUUGCGUCGACAACUCACUCCCCGCUGCUCUCUGCGCUCAUUGAAGCGGAUCAAUCUGCCGACCUUCAGCCUGGUGAAGCUCCAUUCCAGAGCGCGUGUCACAACGAAAUUCUGCAGCUCGCAACAGACCGGGGCUCGAGCGCAGCGAUGGAGGCAAAUCAUGAACCAAGCUCUCCUCCCCUUGACUGCACUAUGGAUCACUCGGAACCUAUCUCCACUGAUCUCGACCUACCUCCUGAGAUGCAACAUAAUGGCCCAUUUGUAGCGUUGCCAGGCUUCUCGAAACACCAAGAAAAAGACCCUGCUGGAGCGCGUGGCGCCCAUCAAGAUAACCUUGCGGUUCCGCAUGACGACGAUGAGGAGACAAUCGGUCGGCGCGAGGGGCCGAUCCGUGCUCGCUCCGCUUUAGGCCACGGAGAGGCGUAUCCAACAGGCACUGAGCAGCGAGCCGCACGUCGAGCAUCUCGGCGGAUGUCGGCGAACGCCAUGCCAUUUGCCAGGCGAACGUCCCGACGCGAUAGUGCGGGUCACUCUCUGAAGCUCGCGGCCAUCAUUAGCAACACUCCGAUACAGCUAGUGGAUACACCCGGAGGCUCUUCUUGGCGAUCGUCCUUACCCGCGCGUACCUGGUCGCAGCUCUUGGCCCAGUUCGGGCCGAAGGAGAUGCACCGCCAGGAAGUCAUUUGGGAAUUGUGCUCGACCGAGCGAUCCUUUGUGCAGAAUCUCGCUAGCAUCUUGAAAGUCUUCGCGGUGCCGCUGCGCGACUAUCAAGGCCACUGGGAACGUGGCACGCCCAAGCUGAUGGCUAGAAUAUUUGAUUGGCUUGAGAGCAUCCUGCAGCUCCACAUCAAAAUCUCCACGUCAUUUGACACGGCCAGGGCAUCCCAUGCCACGCCAGUCAUCUUACAGAUUGCUGCCGCUGUCCUACGACACGUAGAAGCUCUCGUCGUUCAUCUACCCUACCUGGUGCGCUUCGAAGAGGCCAACGCUCUGUUGGAGCAGAUACUGCAUGCCUCAGAUCCUCUGCCGUUUGCCUCUUUUGUUCAAGACCAGCUACGGCUGCAGGAGUGUGGCUCCAUGAGCCUGGGCAGCUUCUUGCUAAAGCCUAUACAACGUCUCAUGAAAUAUCCACUGUUCUUCAAGGUGAGCAGCGUUGACCCCGAGUAGCAUUGUAAGCACCCAUCUCAUGCCUUCUUCUCUCCCCGCACAGCAACUGCUUGAGCUUACACCUCCGGAUCAUCCCGAUUACGACGAGACUUGCGAGCUCUCGCAGAGCACAGAGGCUCUCAUCCGGGACAUGAACAACGUCAAAGCUAGAGAGGAAGAUUAUUCCACUCUGCUUUCCCUGGAGAAGCGCAUUCGUGGACUACCUCAUGGCUUUGACCUCGCUUCGCGUUACCGAGGUUUGCUUCGAGAAGGCAAGCUUAGGUGGGUGCAGCUCAGCGAUGCUCAGAGAAACCAAGUGUCUGGCGACUCUAGAGCUUCAUCUCCACGUAUUCCCAAAAUGGAAGGGGACGCCAGACCAUCUUCAUCGAGCGGAUUCCGGCCACUGAGCUUGGCCGCCAAGCAUAGCCCCACCGCACGAGGUUCUCCAGAUCUACGUGGAUCGAAACACUCUUCCGGGGAUAGCGCUUCUGGUACCUCUGUAACGUCAUCUGCCCUAGCGCACCCAUCUCGAUCAUCCACGAGCUCGGACGGCUUCUUUCAUAGCCCUGUUGUUGGGCCCUUCAACGCAUCAAGCUAUUCACCGGGCGCUCUGUCAUCAGGAGCUGGUCUUGCUUCCCGUACAGAAAAGCUUCAUGUCACUCCACUUGCACCGCCAAGACCCAUGAGCCGCAAGUCAAGUGUGGCGAAUCUCUUCUUGCGGGCAAGCGGCAGAUCUGCAGAGAAAGAAAAGGCACGUUCAAGUGAAAGCACAGGCAUCGACGUCCACGCUUUUGUGCUAUCAGAUGCAGUCAUUCUGACUGUGCAAGAUGCCGAUGUCGUGGCGGAUGCAAAGCCAACCUCGCCUCUGGUCGCAUCUGGCAAGAGCAAAAGCAAAGAAAAACUUCGUCGCAACUCAUGGUCGGCGCCAACAAUACCUAAGGAGCAGGAGCGUUUCACCUUGAUCUCAGACUUGGGACUCGUGCGCAUCUUGAAUGUCAUCGACCGCUCUGGUCGAUCCAGUGGUGAGAAGUCGCGAUUUCAGAGCUUCACGUGAUCCCGACUGUUGCUGACGUCAUCGAGCCGUCGUCACAGACUUUCCAAACUUGCUGGAAGUUGAAGUGCUGCCCAUCAAAGCUGAGCGCGCCGUGCUCGGCGGCCCCAGUAAGCACAAGGCGAUCGGAGGUCCCGCGACGCUAUUCUUCUCAUUUUCUUCAGACGAUACGCCUGCCACUCGGCGCCUAUCCCAGACGCCGGAGCUCAUCUGCACUGCGUGGUAUCGGGCUUUGGAGAGGUCACUGGUCGCUUGCAUUCACUCUGCCAGACUCAGCUCUGGCUCGACUACAGUGAUGGGCACGAAGCCUCAGUCCGCCCAUGCCGAGUGGCCUAGGCGCAAGGAUCAGGUCACUCGGCUCGUCAUGGCAGCAGCUCAAAGCGGCGACCGGGAAAAUCUUGUCGCGCUUCUGCAAUCAGGCUUACCGUAUCCACGGUCUCCUUCACAUCAAGACCUGGCUGACAGAGCCAGCGAAGUGCUCAACAAGACGACAUCUCAAGAAGGCCGUCAGAGUCUUGCCGUCAACGUCAGGGGUGCCAACAGCAUCUCCGUGGUCGGCAGCAGUGUUCUCGACGAUGUCGAAGAAGAGCGAGAAGAGCGCCGAUGGUGGGCACUCCGGUUGUCCGAAGUUCGAAACGAUCUGAAUGCGGAGAAGGAAAUCGACGCCAUGAUUGAAGCGCGCGCAGCUGCUUUUUCGAAUUUGUGGGCGACGGGGAACAUGUCUCCCGCGAGCAACACGUCACCACUUGUCGGCUCGAGAGAUGAGAUGACGCCACCCAGACGUAGCGUACGUCGAGGCGUGCCCAUCUUACCAGCCACAACCACAAGACAAGCGCCUUUGCGCAGCGCCGCCCCGUAUUCCGCGGUCGAGCGCUGA